CAGCUCGGAGCGGGCCGCAGAUGAUUGCGGUUGCCAUGGAAACAGCCUCAUCCGUUGGGCUGGGAUCCUUCACCCUACACCUCCUCCCGUCCCGUCGCCGUUUACUCCCACGAUUUCCAACGCAGACGGACACGGUGGAGUCAGAGCGAUGCUAAGCCGGGAGGCCGACCCCGUGUGGGGGUCCCAGUUCAUCCGCCGCUGAACCGUUAGAGGCCGAGGCCGCGCCUCCGCUUUCCCUCCAACUCCAUCGUGGCGGAUCUCCGGCUGCGCCCGCCUUCGUGACCGGAAGCAAAGGCUGCCGGGAGGUGUAGUCCUUUUUUCUACCACUUCCUGCUAUGUGGGAUCGGCAGCUUUCCUCCCCUGGACUACGAAUCCCCGCAUGCAGUGCGAGACCCCCCCCUUUCCCCCGCCUCCAGCAGUCCUGUGGUUACGCAGUUGCAGAUGAAUUUUAGAUUGCACAAAGUGGUGGGAGGAAAAACUAAUGCAACUCGCGUAAAAAAGUAUUUCCGGUGACGGACUGGGCGGAUUGAAAGUACAGGGAGAGAAGAGCGAGGGAGGGGGAAACCAUGAGUGGGAUAUCGAGAGAAGUGGCCCCCGCUGUACAAACUUGACGGCGAAUACCAGGCCGCCACCGUGUAAAUUCCACCCUCCUGUGUUCCAGUAACCCCAGCUGGGGAGGGGGAAAGCGGACUGUUCGGACUGCUGCCUUGUUUCUGGGGGUUGUUUUCUUCUCCGCAAACGCUGGAAGUUUCAGAGUGGAAACCCGUCGCCAGCCAGAUGUCAAGCAACAGCAACUCGUCUCCUCCCGUGUCCCAGAGAUUGCUGCCAACCGCUCUGCCACUGCCUGCCUCUUCGCCUACCCCGUCGCUCUCCCCGCCGGCCACCUCUGUUCUGUCGGGCCGGCUUUCUAAUGGGAGCCUCAACGCCCCGAGUCCCACCAAUUCCCGGGGAUCCUUCAACGGCGUAUCCUUCCUUCUGCAGAUCGGCCUCACUCGCGAACCGGUGACCAUCGAAGCACAAGACAUCUCCCUCUCUGCCGUCAAGGACCUCGUCUGCUCUAUAGUGGACCAAAAGUUCCCAGAAUGUGGCUUUUUCGGAAUGUAUGACAAGAUCUUACUCUUUCGCCAUGACCUGAAUUCUGAGAACAUCUUACAGAGGCUGAUGUCAGCGGAAGACAUUCACGAAGGGGACUUGAUUGAGGUUGUUCUCUCUGCACUAGCUACCGUUGAGGAUUUCCAGAUCCGACCACAUACCCUUUAUGUGCACUCCUACAAAGCUCCAACGUUCUGUGACUACUGCGGAGAAAUGUUAUGGGGAUUAGUGCGCCAAGGACUAAAGUGUGAAGGUUGUGGUCUGAAUUAUCACAAACGAUGUGCCUUCAAAAUUCCAAACAACUGCAGCGGUGUGAGAAAAAGGCGUCUGUCCAACGUUUCCCUGCCCGGCCUCUCACUCCCAAGACCCGCACCAUUAGACUACUCAGGAACAGUCUCGGAGGAGGUCUCUUCAUCCUCACUGGGACUCCAUUCCGGGAGCCAGCCAAAGAGUGAUGAAGUACGCUUAAUCAAGCGUUGCCACCAGGAGACCAGCAAGAGAAUCCCAUCAUGGAGUGGGCGCCCAAUAUGGAUGGAGAAGAUGGUGCUGGGAAGGGUAAAAGUACCGCACACCUUUGUCAUACACUCCUACACACGCCCCACCAUUUGUCAGUAUUGCAAGCGGCUACUGAAAGGCCUAUUUCGACAAGGAAUGCAAUGUAGAGAUUGCAAGUUUAAUUGCCACAAGCGAUGUGCAUCCAAAGUACCCAGGGACUGUCUUGGUGAAGUUGUUUUUAAUGGAGAACCAGCCAGUCCUGGUCCUGAUUCCGAUCUGCCCAUGGAGGUGGACAGCAGUGACAUGAACAGUGAAGGCAGCAGGUUGUUGGACGACACAGAGGAGCCUUCAACGUCAGAAGAAAAGUUGUAUUUCAUGGAUUCCUCAGAUCUGGAUGGAGAAAAAGAUGAAGAGCCAGUCCGAACAAUUAGUCCUUCAACAAGCAACAAUAUUCCUCUCAUGAGAGUUGUACAGUCUAUUAAGCACACGAAAAGGAAGAGUAGCACGAUGAUGAGGGAAGGUUGGAUGGUCCACUACUCCAGCAAAGACAAUCUAAGGAAAAGACAUUACUGGAGGCUGGACAGCAAGUGCCUUACACUCUUUCAAAAUGACACUGGAGCCAAGUAUCAUAAGGAAAUCCCGCUGUCAGAAAUCUUGCAGUUGGAUCCACCUCGGGAUUUUACAAAUCUGGCUCAAGGCAGCAACCCUCACUGUUUUGAGAUAAUAACUGACACCAUGGUGUACUACGUUGGAGAGAAUCUCGGAGGCAACUACCAGAAUCACGCCUUGGCUGCCACAGGAGUAGGUUUAGACGUCGCUCAGAGCUGGGAGAAGGCCAUUCGACAAGCCCUAAUGCCGGUAACACCACAAGCCAGUGUUUGCACCACAGUUGGUCAAGGCAAAGAACACAAUGACCUGUCUCUCAGCAUCUCUGUAUCUAACUGUCAAGUCCAGGAGAAUGUGGACAUCAGUUCGGUGUACCAAAUCUUUGCUGACGAGGUUCUGGGUUCAGGACAGUUUGGAAUAGUUUACGGGGGGAAGCACAGGAAGACUGGAAGGGAUAUGGCAAUUAAAGUGAUUGAUAAAAUGAGGUUCCCCACAAAGCAAGAAAGCCAACUUCGUAAUGAAGUCGCCAUCCUUCAGAACCUUCAUCAUCCGGGAAUUGUAAACCUUGAAUGCAUGUUUGAAACUCCUGAACGAGUCUUUGUUGUGAUGGAGAAACUCCACGGAGACAUGCUGGAGAUGAUUCUGUCCAGUGAGAAAAGCCGCUUGCCGGAACGCGUCACCAAAUUUUUAGUCACGCAGAUUCUGGUGGCUUUGAGACACUUACACUUCAAGAACAUUGUACACUGUGACCUGAAGCCUGAGAAUGUGCUACUAGCUUCAGCCGAUCCCUUUCCUCAGGUAAAGCUCUGCGACUUUGGCUUUGCUCGUAUUAUCGGUGAGAAAUCAUUCAGACGGUCUGUGGUGGGAACCCCGGCCUACCUGGCUCCUGAAGUACUCCGAAGCAAAGGAUAUAACCGGUCACUUGAUAUGUGGUCGGUGGGUGUUAUAAUCUACGUCAGCCUCAGUGGCACUUUCCCAUUCAAUGAAGAUGAAGACAUUAAUGACCAGAUCCAAAAUGCAGCAUUCAUGUACCCACCAAAUCCGUGGAAAGAAACCUCCAGCGAAGCCAUUGAUCUAAUUAACAACCUGUUGCAAGUAAAGAUGAGAAAACGUUACAGUGUGGACAAGUCACUCAGUCACCCCUGGCUACAGGAUUAUCAGACGUGGCUGGAUCUGCGGGAGUUUGAAACCAGGAAAGGAGAGCGUUACAUCACACAUGAAAGUGACGAUGCGCGUUGGGAAAGACAUUCCCAAGAACACAACCUUCAGUAUCCCAAACACUUCAUCAUGGCACCUAAUCUGGACGAUAUGGAGGAGGAUCCUUAAUGUAUCUAACUGGGCGCACUGCCAGGAGUGAAUAAUAUCACAGCAAUGAUGUGGAAAACACUGCCACUGGGGUACAAGGAAGCCAAGACUUGUUUCUGUUUGUUGAACAGCAGAGGCAAAGUGGAUUGGAUGCCACCCAGCACUUGACAUCAGCCCGUGUGACAAUGAAGGGAUACGGUGUAAAUGGAGACUGCAAGCCUAUAGUACAGCUGGAGACUUAACGACUGACAUAUGCGGAGAAAGAGGACAUGUAAAUGCUGUGAGCUAUAGACUUUAAACCAAACAUUCCUUUUUGUAGUAUUUAGCUGGUUUAAUACUAUCCACCCAAGUACCUCUUUGGUACCAAGCCAUAAAUUUACUUGUUUAC